GCCUCCAGAAAGAAGUGGGAAAGACAACCAGCUGAAAGGCAAGCGCCAUGUCUUCCGUUGCCACGUACUACAAUGGGAAGUCGGUACUCGUCACAGGAGCCACAGGUUUUAUGGGGAAGGUCCUGGUGGAAAAGCUCCUGCGUUCCAGCCCUGACGUGAAGGCUGUUUACAUUCUUGUGAGGCCCAAGGCUGGACAAUCGAUGCAAGAACGAGUGGUGGAUAUGGUGAAAUGCAAGGUCUUUGACAAAGUCCGAGAAGGUUGGCCCAAUUUCCAUGAGAAGAUCAAAGCAGUCAAUGCCGAGUUCACCCAGCCAAACAUGGCUAUCAGUCCUGAGGACACCCAGGAGCUCCUUUCUGAAGUCAACAUCGUCUUCCACUGCGCUGCAACCGUUCGCUUUGAUGAGCCAUUAAAGCAUGCCAUUCUCUUGAACGUCAUGGGCACGCAGCAGCUAUUGGUGCUUGCUCGUCAAAUGCAGAACCUGGAGGCCUUCAUUCACGUUUCAACUGCCUAUGCAAACUGUAACCGGAGGCACAUAGAAGAAGUCAUCUACCCACCUCCUGUGGAGCCCAAGAGACUUUUCGACCUUGUGGAGUGGAUGGACGAGUCCCUCAUCCAAGAGAUUACACCCAAGUUGAUUGGGGAUUGGCCCAACACUUACACGUUCACCAAAGCCUUGACUGAGUACCUGGUUCAGCAAGAGAAGGGCAAUUUAAAUGUUGCCAUCAUCCGACCGUCCAUCGUGGGAGCGAGCUGGCAGGAGCCAUUUCCAGGUUGGAUUGACAACUUCAAUGGAACAAGUGGUUUUCUUAUUGCGGCUGGAAAGGGCAUCAUACGGACUGUAAAAUGCAAUCUCGAUGCACUGGCAGAUAUUAUUCCAGUCGACAUGGCUAUAAAUCUCAUCCUUGCUGCCGGGUGGUACACUGCAGUUUACAGACCAAAAUCAAUGUUGAUAUACAAUUGCACAACGGGUGGCGUCAACCCAUUCUGCUGGGGAGAGAUGGAAAAUUAUGUCAUCUCCACAUACAAGAGGAACCCCUUGGAGAAAGCCUUCAGAAUACCCAGUGCUAACAUGACCUCAAACUACCUGAUCCAUCAGUACUGGACGACGGUCAGUCACAGAGUCCCAGCCUUGCUGUAUGAUUUGUAUCUGAGGUUAACUGGAAGGAAGCCAAGAAUGAUGAAGAUUUUUAAUCGGCUGCACAGGACUAUGACCCUUUUAGAAUAUUUUACCAGCCGUACUUGGGAAUGGAAUUCAGACAAUGUAAACAUGUUAAUGAAUCAGCUCAGCCCCAAAGACAAGAAAUUGUACUGCUUUGAUGUCCGUCAGCUGCAUUGGUCUGAGUACAUUGAAAAUUACUGCCUAGGAACAAAGAAGUAUCUGCUGAACGAAGACAUGGCUGGAAUUCCAGCUGCAAGGCAGCACUUAAGAAAGCUACGGAACAUUCAGUAUGCAUUCAACACCACCUUGCUAGUGAUCAUUUGGCGCGUCUUCAUUGCAAGGUCACAAAUGGCUCAGAACAUCUGGUACUUCGUGGUGAACCUUUGCUACAAGUUUCUGAGCUAUUUCCGGGCUUCCAGCACCCUCAGGCAUUGAAAACUCCUUCCUAGUUCCUGACAAUGGAAGGUCUUCCAGAAGGGUUUGUCUCCUCCAAACAAUAACUGUGGGUGUUUGGGCUGGAAAGUCUCUUUUGACUGCAGCGGCAUCUGACCUGCAUCAUGACAGGAUUAUUGUUGAUUUUUUUUUUUCACCUAAUGCUUUAAUGCACCAUUGUCCUCCCUUUAGGUCCACCAGGCUCAUUUUCAAAGCCAUAACCAAAGUUUUGAACAUAGGUGAAUUUUUCUCCCCAGUGGAGAGCUGUGGAUUACCAAAGCUGUUGUCUUUUACCUUUGGAGCUACCUAAUACCUCCCUCCCUCAACCCCAGUCUUAUUACUUACAUCCUAACUGAAACAUGAAAAUGAGCAAGGAGCACACUAAACCAAGAACUAGAUGGCAAGAGCCUUUGCGUGAAUGCCUUGAGAGUCAGUGUAGAGUCAUGGCAAAGGCCAGAGCUGUGCACUGUAUACCCUGCUGUUGCUACUAAAACAAGAGCCCUGUGCUCAGUACUACUGUUUGUUUUUAAGUGCCAAUGUAAGGUUACAUCAUUUGUAAUCAUGUGUAAGGUUGCAUCAUUUCCCACCAUUUCUCCUCUUGGGACUUGGUGGAUUCCACCACCACCACCACCACCACCACCCCCGCCCAAAAAAAGGUACUGCUAUUCAGUACCACUGAGUGCCACCACAGAAAAAGCCCUGUGCUGCGCUUAAUUUCCUCUUCCUCCUUUACGACCAUUGGCUCAUGGUGGGACGGUACGGCAUUGUGUGCUUCCCUACCCAGCUUCACUAGUUGCCCUUGAGAGAUGGGAGAGGGGAGGGCAAGGAAAUGCACAGCAUAAAGAUCCUGAGUGUGACUUGGCAUUUUGGAGCAGAGAGGAACAAGCCUUUGAGGGCUGCAGCCCAGCAUCAAACAUAUUCUGUCAUUCCAGCCUAAAAACUGAAACUGAGAACCAAGGAAUCCCUGAGCUCAGUUUUUAAUCCCAUUCUUAAAUUUGCUGAUGACCCUAAAUGGAACUGAUCUUCAGUGGUUGCAAGACCAGGCUGUUUAUUGCAUGUGAACUAUUAAAUGCCCAUUGUUAUAAUUUGGGCUGUCGUUGGGAGAGGAUCAUCUUGCAAAAGCUGCUCAUUGGUUGCCAUGUUUGUCUGUCAGUUAGGGCAAAGCCACCAGUUGAUCAGGCAGCAACAUCAGUGGGAAUGAAAACAAGUGGGUUUCUAAAUUUCCCAACAUGUUUUAAUCAUAAAUGUGAAAGAAACUAGCCCUGUUCCCAUGUUACAGUGAAUGCACGUACAUCCUGUCUGUAGGUGCAUACGUCUUCCUUUGUAAGGAAGAGCCAAUGUGCAUUGAGUUUACAAAUGAAACUGGGGGCCCAUACCGGGAUAUAUAUCUGUGUUUAGGUCACAUGUUCAGCUGAAUGUGGGUCUCAUAUAACAUGAGAAUUAUUUGACACACACAUAAAAAAGAAUCAAGUGUACACUGUAUAUGAAUUAUAUGUGCAUUCAUUGUAACUUUGUGAACAGCGCUACGGUUUUACACUAAAAUGUCAAUAUUCUGAUUAAAUUCCCUCUUACCCA